AUGCCAAUACUUUCAGCAAUAUCUAAAAAUUCAAUUGAGUAUCACAGGAAAAUAAAAAUGAAAAAAGCCCAAUCAAGUGAGUUCAGAUAUUGACUAACUCAUUAUGGAUUCUUUUGGUUGUGCUGAAGUUGAUGCGAUAUCCUGAGUGAAUGAAUUCGUUGUCCUUCAAAAAUGUGUGGGUAUCGUCCAACACCAGAAUAG